UACAGUGUACGUAUUAGUUUAUCUCUGCAGAUGUUUCUUGCUUUCCUUUAGGAACAAAAUGUGCUUUAUUUUGAAGGACCAAAACGGAAGUUUGCGCUAAAUGGGUUCAAUGGAGCAGUUCGGAAAUAAAAGCAGCUGGCUCGCGCCGAGACCCGUCAGUUCGGACCGACGUCGUCCCAGACCUGCAGACCUCGUUUAUUUUCCAGUAGAUGAUCAAUAAUCAGCUUCAGACACAAAACUCUCCCACUCUGAAGCACCGGAAAUGGAAUGACGCGUGGCUCGUUGCUUCUGCUGAGUGGACGCUCGUCAUCAGAGGCCGUUGCUGUCUUGGGGACUAUUUACUUUAGUCUGAUGUCCACCUCCCACCGUCGGCUUCAGACGUGCAGACAGCCUCACCGCGGAGCAUCACGUUCACAGGGCUACCACUGAGAUGGCCCGGGCAGAGACAGUCAGAGACAACGAAACCGGAGGAAACAGCCCUCUACCAUGUCACAGCACCUGCAGCAUGGAGGUGCCCCACCCCCUCCACACCUGGCCCAACAUGCUCACGGCAGCUGCCAGAACCAGCAGGAGUGGGAUCGGACUCGGCGCUGUGCAUCUCCGCCACAACCAGCAUCACCUGGAACCUUUUCAGGCUCUAAACCGGCUGUACCUGAUGUCGUAUCCUCACCCAGAGGGCCAGCAGUUGUCACCAACACCUCCACCUGCACCUGCACCACCCUCCAACCAGAGGAACGAGAGUAGCCAGGAAAUAAAUGACUCGUUAGAUCUCUCAGAUUCAGACAAAGAAGAAGAGUCCCGGCACGUCUUCAGCAGACGGGGACCGCUUCCUGACCUGCUGCCCCAGAAUGAGCACCCGUCCAGGGUUCAAAUCCCUGGAGGAGUGGCAGUGCCGGAGCUGGACGUCCUGAGAGUGGCGCAGCAGCUGAGGACAGUCGGAGACGAGUUCAACGCCACAGUCCUCUGCAGAGCACUUGCUGCACCCCCCCACUGGGAGGACUGGAGGGACGUCUUCAGAGCAGUCCUCACCUUUGUCACCCAAGCACUCAGCACGCUCUGCAGGCGGACGUAGACCUCCCAUCCAGACUCCGCCUGGUUCUGACCUCUUCCUGCUGGACUUUGGUUAUGGAUGGGGUGGGGUGGGGGGGAAGAUCUGUAGAAUCUGGACCUGGUGGUCCGUCAGUCAGUCGGCUGGUCCGGCCUGGACCUGACGGACCAGCAGUUACCACCUGUACAUCUGUGAUAUUCUUCUGUUAUGUCUUUGUCUCGUCUCAGGUAGUUGUGUGUGUGUGUGUGUGCGUGCGCGCGCAUGUGUGUGUGUGUGUGAGACAGACUCUGCAGCCUGGGUCUUCUCUUUAGAAACUGUGAACUGGACUCUGGGUUUAAGUCCAGCUCAGAGCGAACCCCUCACCGAUCUGUUUCAUGGUGCCUUUCCGCCGGGGCUCCGCCUCCAGAACGGCGACAAUCAGACCCGAAGUGCUUCGGUUUUAUAAUCCUGCUGAGUAAAGAUGCUCGCCCUGAAAGUCUGGUCAUAAGAAGCACUCGUGUUCCUGGGUUCUGGGUUCAGCUCUAGCUGAUCAGCUGUAAAUAUUCCUCUGGGAGACGGGUCGGAGCGAUGCAGGGGCGGGGGUCUGAAGUUAAAUCCAGUGGAUUUGAGAAGGUAUUCCCAGAUCUGGACCUUUUGUAAAGUAUUGACCAUUUUCUUUUUUUCAUUGUAGUCGGAGAAAAAACUGAAAUAGUCAAAAAUGUAAUUUAUUUUGGAAACUAUAGCUUGUUUUAUGUAAAAUAAUUUAUUUUUCUAGGCUCUGACCACGUGUGGAAGAUUGAGUCAGCAGGAUGAAAGCAUGAAUGUCCCCAUCUGAAAGUGAUGAAUCAGCUGUGAUGAGUUCAGAUCAAAUAAAACAGCCAGUUGUCUGAAGUCAGGGUCGGGUUCUCCUAGUCUGUGUGUGAAGCAGCAGGUUCUGGUGUCUCCGCGGGUCGGACCCUUCUGGUACUGAACAUGUUAACACGUAUGUGCUGUAACAUACUUGAGCCUCAAAACGCCACAGUCAGGAUUUGGGUUUGACUCAGAUGUCUUGGUUAUUUUUGACGUUUGAAUCCUGGACGUGUGUCCAUCCCACGGGCAGAACCGCUGUGAUGCCACCCGUCUGAAGCAGGUCCACUCGCGGAGCUGCGUGUCAGUCAAACUGUGUUUGCAGUUUUUGUCUCAUGUAACAUUUUCCUUGGAUUUUGUACUUUUUUCUUUUUUACACAAUAAAAACAAACAAAACAGCA